GGAGAUAGGCAAAAAGGAAAAAAGAAAAAGAAAGGGGCGACUGGUAUUAGUAGUAUAUGAGAAAAGAAAGAAUAUAGAUCAUCAAUAAUUCAUUCAUCCAAAUUCAUCCUUCUCACAGAAUUAAAGUGGCAGAUGGCUGCAGCUGAGCUUGUAAACGCUGCAACAAGUGACAAACUUUCCGAGGUUGAUUGGACUAAGAAUAUCCAAAUAUGCGAAUCAGUAGCCCGUGAUCACAGGCAAGCUAGAGAUGUGGUGAAAGCUAUUAAAAAACGGUUGGGGUCGGGGAGUAAGAAUCCGAAUGCUCAACUCUAUGCAGUCACGUUGUUGGAGAUGCUGAUGAAUAACAUCGGAGAAGCUGUUCAUAAGGAGGUGAUUGAUACCGGGGUUUUGCCUAUUCUUGUCAAGAUUGUCAAGAAAAAGACAGAUUUGCCUGUACGCGAGAAAAUCUUUCUUCUUCUUGAUGCUACGCAAACAUCUCUCGGUGGUGCUUCUGGGAAGUUCCCUCAGUACUACACUUCGUAUUAUGAUUUAGUGAGUGCAGGGGUAAAAUUUCCUCAAAGACCUCAUCAAACACAAACAGAUAAUUCCAUUUCACAAGCAAAGACCAGAACUACGCUUAACGGUGAACUUGCUGCCUCUAGACAUGAAGAUGUUUCUCAGCAAGCAGAGCCUCGAGCUGUUCCAGAAUCGAGUAUUAUUCAGAAGGCCAAUAAUGCACUGGAGGUUUUGAAAGAAGUCCUUGAUGCUGUUGAUUCUCAAAAUCCUGAGGGAGCAAAGGAUGAGUUUACUCUUGAUCUUGUGGAACAGUGCUCAUUCCAAAAGCAGAAAGUUAUGCAUCUCGUGAUGACUUCUCGAGAUGAAAAAGUAGUUUCUCGUGCAAUUGAAUUGAAUGAACAGCUCCAAAAGGUUCUGGCACGACAUGAUGCGCUUGUUUCAGAUAGAUCUACAUUUUCAGAUAAUUCUACUUCAACUGCAAAUCAUUUUAAUCAUUAUGAAGCUGAGGAGGAAGAGGAGGAAGCUGAACAGCUUUUCCGAAGGUUACGAAAAGGAAAGGCAUGUGCAAAGCCUGAAGAUGAAAAGGACUUGGAAGAGCGUAUUCCUAUAGGGAUGCUUGGCUCAUCGAUUAAUGGAGAGAGGCUGAAUCGUCCCCUAAUACGACCACUUCAUUCAGAUGAGGCUACUGCAAAUCAUUCAGCAGUUGUAAUUCCACCUCCCCCUCCAAAUCAUUCGGCAGUUGUAAUUCCACCUCCCCCUGCAAAACAUGUAGAAAGAGAAAAAUUCUUUCAAGAGAAUAAACAUGAUGGUUCUGCUCUUUCUGGGCACAUGAGGGGUCUCUCGUUGCACAGUCGCAAUGCCAGCAGUUCUCGCAGCGGAAGCAUAGAUUUUAGCGACUGAAACAAACAUAUUUGUUUUUAAUAUUCUUUUUCUUUUAUGGUUUGUAUUUAAUCAGUCAUCUUUGGUCAUAGUUUGUUGUAUUGUUUGUGGUAUUGCGGGUGGUUUUUCUUUUACGGGUAGAUUGUAUGAAAUAGAAGAAGGUUAUAGCUGCCCAACUUCGCAUCAUGCUUUUGUAAGAUUGCUUUUUAAUUAAACUUUCACUUCUCACUUCUUCUUA